AUGGUGAGGACGAAGUGGACUAAGAAGAAGAAGAAAACGAAACCAUUGAAGGAUAUAACAUCUCCAUUGAAAGAGAUUGAGAAAGAGAAGAAGAACGAUGCGAAUAUCAUUGAAGAUAAAGAGAAAGAGGCGAACCCUGUUGAAGAUAAAGAGUCUAGGAUGGAGACGAACACUAAUGAAGAGAACGAGACCGAAGAGAAAGUUGAUGAUGAAGAGGCGAACAAGGUUCAAAGUGAUGCAGAGGAAGAGAGGGUAGAGGAAGAAGAGGAAGAGAGGUCAGAAGAAGAAAAGGACCAGAGGCCAGAGAAAGAGAGGUCAGAGGAAAAAGAGGAACAGAGAGCAAUGAUGGAGGGAGAGAAGGAGGUAGGGAAGAAGGAAAUAGGGAAGAAGGAAGUAGGAAAGAAGGAAUUUACAAUGGAGACGAUUAAUUGGGCGUGUGGUAUGUGUUUGAUGGGAGAGUUUGGUGAGGAGUAUGAAUUCGUCGAAGAGGAGCCGGUCGCGAUAAAACCGUUAGGCAUGUACUUCCCACCUUCUGAGUAUAUGAAGAAGAUCAAGAUAUCGACGAGGUUUUGCUGA